AAUGCCGCCAGAUGGCGGUUUAGGAUUGCGGCUCCGCUGAGCGCGGUCCCCGCGAACGCCACCGCCCCGGCCCCGGCCUGGCUCCGGCCCGCACCCACCUAGACCCCACGCGCCAGCCGUAGCGCAGGCUCCAGGGGCGCUGCCCGGCCCGAGGGAAAUACCAGCAACGAUCACCUGCUCAACUUCAACAGACACACAAACCCUACAAACUUUUAAGUGAAAAGGUAGAUCUGCCUCAUCUACCUUUGCACUGGCCUCUUGGUUUGACAGGAUUCAUGAAAACACCAGGUAUCAGGAGUAGCAGCCAGAGUUUCCAUUGCAUGUUAAUACAUCCUUAAAGAUUGGACUUUGAGAUUAAUGAACAUAGUUACCAGGAAGUUGUCUUGUAACAUCAUCAUUAGAAGAAAUUCUAUGUAGUUCUAAUAUUUCAAAGAGGGUGCUGUGCUACAAAAAUGAUUACUUCAGAUUUGCCGGUGUUACAGGAUUCAACAAAUGAAACUACUGCACAUUCAGAUGCUGGCAGUGAGCUUGAAGAAACAGAAGUCAAAGGAAAGAGAAAAAGGGGCCGUCCUGGCAGGCCUCCAUCUGCCAAUAAGAAACCUCGAAAGUCUCCAGGAGAUAAGAGUCGUUCUGAACCUGGAGCUAGAGGAAUAGGUCGUGGAAGAGCUAAUGGUCAUCCUCAACAGAAUGGAGAAGGCGGGGACCCUGUCACUUUGUUUGAGGUGGUGAAACUGGGGAAAAGUGCGAUGCAGUCUGUGGUGGACGACUGGAUUGAAUCAUAUAAGCAAGACAGGGAUAUAGCGCUUCUGGAUUUAAUCAACUUCUUUAUCCAGUGUUCAGGAUGUCGAGGUACUGUAAGAAUUGAAAUGUUCAGGAACAUGCAAAAUGCAGAAAUCAUCAGGAAAAUGACUGAGGAAUUUGAUGAGGACAGUGGUGAUUACCCACUUACCAUGCCUGGGCCACAAUGGAAAAAAUUUAGAUCAAACUUUUGUGAGUUCAUUGGAGUGCUGAUUCGACAGUGUCAGUAUAGCAUCAUUUAUGAUGAAUAUAUGAUGGAUACAGUGAUCUCUCUUCUGACUGGAUUGUCGGAUUCCCAGGUCCGAGCUUUCAGGCAUACCAGUACACUUGCUGCUAUGAAGCUUAUGACUGCUCUUGUGAAUGUUGCCUUAAACCUUAGUAUUCACCAGGAUAAUACACAGAGGCAGUAUGAAGCUGAGAGAAACAAAAUGAUUGGUAAGAGAGCUAAUGAAAGAUUGGAGCUGCUGCUUCAAAAAAGGAAAGAGCUGCAAGAAAACCAAGAUGAAAUCGAAAAUAUGAUGAACUCUAUUUUUAAGGGUAUAUUUGUUCACAGAUACCGUGAUGCUAUUGCUGAGAUUAGAGCUGUUUGUAUUGAGGAAAUCGGAGUAUGGAUGAAAAUGUACAGUGAUGCCUUCCUGAAUGAUAGUUAUUUAAAAUAUGUUGGUUGGACACUUCAUGACAGGCAAGGUGAAGUGAGAUUGAAGUGUUUGAAAGCUCUACAGAGUCUGUACACCAACAGGGAGUUGUUUCCUAAACUGGAGCUAUUUACUAACAGAUUCAAGGAUCGCAUUGUAUCAAUGACACUUGAUAAGGAAUAUGAUGUCGCUGUGGAAGCCAUUCGAUUAGUCACUCUAAUACUUCAUGGAAGUGAAGAAGCUCUGUCCAAUGAAGACUGUGAGAAUGUUUAUCACUUGGUGUAUUCGGCACACCGGCCGGUUGCAGUAGCAGCUGGAGAGUUCCUUCAUAAAAAACUAUUUAGCAGGCAUGACCCCCAGGCAGAAGAGGCAUUAGCGAAGAGGAGAGGACGGAACAGUCCAAAUGGGAACCUCAUUAGGAUGUUGGUUCUUUUCUUUCUUGAAAGUGAGUUGCAUGAACAUGCGGCUUACUUAGUGGAUAGUUUGUGGGAGAGCUCUCAAGAACUACUGAAGGAUUGGGAGUGCAUGACAGAAUUGUUACUGGAAGAACCAGUUCAAGGAGAAGAAGCAAUGUCUGACCGACAAGAGAGUGCUCUGAUUGAGCUGAUGGUGUGUACAAUUCGACAAGCUGCUGAAGCACAUCCACCAGUGGGCAGAGGGACUGGCAAGAGAGUGUUAACUGCAAAAGAAAGGAAAACUCAGAUAGAUGACAGAAACAAAUUGACUGAACAUUUCAUUAUUGCGCUUCCUAUGUUACUUUCAAAGUAUUCUGCUGAUGCAGAGAAAGUAGCAAACCUUCUGCAAAUCCCUCAGUAUUUUGACCUGGAAAUCUACAGUACAGGCAGAAUGGAGAAGCAUCUGGAUGCCUUAUUAAAGCAGAUUAAGUUUGUUGUGGAGAAGCAUGUAGAAUCAGAUGUUCUAGAAGCCUGCAGUAAAACCUAUAGCAUCCUGUGCAGUGAAGAAUAUACCAUUCAGAAUAGAGUUGACAUAGCCCACAGCCAGCUGAUUGAUGAAUUUGUGGACCGAUUCAACCAUUCAGUAGAGGAUCUGCUGCAGGAGGGAGAAGAAGCUGAUGAUGAUGAUAUAUACAAUGUGCUUUCCACUUUGAAGAGAUUAACUUCUUUUCAUAAUGCUCAUGAUCUCACAAAAUGGGAUCUGUUUAGUAACUGCUACCGAUUACUGAGGACUGGAAUUGAACAUGGAGCUAUGCCAGAACAGAUAGUUGUUCAGGCACUACAGUGUUCUCAUUACUCUAUUCUCUGGCAGCUGGUGAAAAUCACAGAAGGGUCUCCCUCCAAAGUUUUCAUUAGCUCUUUUGGCCACAGCAUCACACUGGGAGCUCAUGUUCAGCUGAUUGUCCACCACAACCCCCAAAUCUUUUUCAGAGUCACUGCUUCCCAGGAUAGAAUGCCACAUGCUGAGGACUUGUUGGUAUUGAGGAAAACUGUGAAAUCCUUUCUGGCUGUCUGCCAGCAGUGCCUAUCGAAUGUCAACACUCCAGUCAAAGAACAGGCUUUCAUGCUGCUCUGUGAUCUCUUGAUGAUUUUUAGCCACCAGCUGAUGACUGGAGGUAGAGAAGGUCUUCAACCUUUGGUGUUCAAUCCAGACUCUGGGCUCCAGUCUGAACUUCUUAGCUUUGUGAUGGAUCAUGUCUUCAUUGACCAAGAUGACGAGAACCAGAGCAUGGAGGGAGAUGAAGAAGAUGAAGCUAACAAAAUAGAGGCUUUACAUAAAAGAAGGAACCUUCUGGCAGCCUUUAGCAAACUUAUUAUCUAUGAUAUUGUAGACAUGCAUGCAGCAGCAGAUAUCUUCAAACACUAUAUGAAGUACUACAAUGACUAUGGCGAUAUUAUUAAGGAAACAUUGAGUAAAACAAGGCAAAUUGAUAAAAUCCAAUGUGCGAAGACACUGAUUCUCAGUUUACAGCAGCUGUUUAAUGAGCUUGUUCAGGAACAAGGUCCCAAUCUGGACAGGACGUCUGCCCAUGUCAGUGGGAUUAAAGAACUGGCCCGUAGGUUUGCCCUCACCUUUGGGCUGGAUCAGAUCAAGACAAGAGAGGCUGUAGCCACACUGCACAAAGAUGGCAUAGAAUUUGCCUUCAAAUACCAGAAUCAAAAAGGACAAGAAUAUCCACCUCCUAACCUUGCUUUCCUUGAAGUGCUUAGCGAAUUUUCUUCUAAACUCUUGCGGCAGGACAAAAAGACUGUUCACUCAUAUUUGGAGAAGUUCCUGACAGAGCAGAUGAUGGAAAGGAGGGAAGAUAUAUGGCUUCCACUGAUUUCCUAUAGAAAUUCACUAGUGACUGGGGGCGAAGAUGACAGGAUGUCUGUGAACAGCGGAAGUAGUAGCAGCAAAGCAUCUUCAGUGAGGAAUAAGAAAGGACGACCUCCACUUCACAAAAAAAGGGUGGAGGAUGAGAGUCUGGAAGGCUCAUGGCUAAACAGGAACGACACCAUUCAAACUCCAGGGGCUCUGCAAACACCACAGCUCACUUCAACUGUAUUGAGAGAGAACACUAGACAAAUGGGAGAGCAGAUUCAAGAGCAUGAGUCAGAACAUGGAUCUGAACAAGAUUUUUUACACAAUCCUCAGAUGCAGAUAUCUUGGUUGGGCCAGCAGAAGCUAGAAGAUUUAAAUCGAAAGGACAGGACAGGAAUGAAUUACAUGAAAGGGAGAAGUGGUGUAAGACAUGCAGUACGGGGUCUAAUGGAGGAUGAUGCUGAGCCCAUCUUUGAAGAUGUAAUGAUGUCCUCACGAGGUCAGCUAGAGGAUAUGAAUGAGGAAUUUGAAGACACCAUGGUCAUUGAUCUGCCACCUUCAAGAAACCGACGAGAACGAGCUGAAUUGAGGCCGGACUUCUUUGACUCUGCAGCUAUCAUUGAGGACGAUUCAGGAUUUGGAAUGCCUAUGUUCUGAAGUCUGGGGAAGACGUUUUACAAAUUUGGAACUCUAUUGUUUAGAGCUAGAGGCCUAUAUACUGUGAUAGCUUGUAUGAAAACCACAUUUUUGAUGUGAUAUGGUUUGAUUUUUAACCAAAUGAAUAAGGUCAAUCCCAUUUUGUAGUGAAAGAGAAGAGGACCUUCUUAAUGAUACAAAGGAAUGUUGGCCAAUCCAAUCACCUCAGAAAGGCUGACCUAAAAGAAUCAUUUGUAUCCCUGUUCUUGACUGUCCUUAUACAGAUGUUUUUUUUCUGGAUGGGAAGGGAGUUUUAAAUUGUUAAGACAGCUGUCAAAAUAAACACUGUUCUACACAUGUUUUCUGAAAACAUUGAAUGAAAACAAAAAACUUUUUAACUUUAUUUUUCUGCUGUACAAUUUAAAACUGUUUUAACAUUUGCCUUUUUAUGUUUUAAAAGCUAGCCAUUUUUAUUAAACCUAUGCCUGUCAGCAACUGACUAGCAAUGAUGCUAUAAGCAGGUCAUCCUGGCUGCAGAAAUGUGUUUUUAAACACACUGGAUUUGAUUAACAGUAUGGUACGUGUAUAUCCUCUCAUAGGCAUUGAAAAGAGCAGAACACUCUUACAAAAGAAGUUAGAAUUCUAAUGAAGUGCAUCUCUGCCAAAAAAAGUCAGAUUCUGAUAUGAUAAACCCAGAUUUUAUACUCUUGAGAAGAUUUAUUUUUAUUUAUAAUGGGGCAUAAAAUAAGAGAUGUCCAUGAAGCCACUUUUCCAACAGAUGCUGUGUAACAUUCAUUUUAUAUAGCACUAGGGGACACAAAAACAGUACAUUUUCUAUUGGUACUUGCUCUGUGCAUUUUUAGCAACUUAUACCAGCAAAUAAAGAAUUCUCAGUAAAACACACACAUGGUUCUCAAGUAGUCACUUUGCUGUUUUUACUACCUAUUUCGUGCCCUGCCAAUCCAAGGUACAUAAACAGCAACUUUCCUAUAUAAAAUAGAUCAAGGGCGGGGGGGGGGGGGGGGAGGGAAGGAAUCGCUUUAGCAUUCUAAAAGCAAUUUUAACUGUACCAUAUAAAAAUGUCUACUUUCCAUGCUGCAAAUACCCUUUUGUGCUAUUUUUGUAAAUUAAUUUUGCCAGUUAGAAGUACUGUAUGUGCUGCAUAGAAAUUUGUGCUUAGAUGGUGAAGUUCUUAAGCUUACAAUGGAAUACAGCUACAUUUUCAGUGUUAACUGUGCAUAUUAAGAGUAAUUCUUUGAAAAAUACAGUUUUUCAAAAAAGUAAAGAAAACCCAAAAAGUUCUCAGCUAAUUCAUUGUAAUAAGAGAUUUUCAGUGUCUUCAAUGAUUUGGAAUCUCAUUAUGCUUAGAUUUUAUGACUCUGCCUAGUAGCUGCUACUGUAGUUUAAACUGGCCUGAUAUUCAGAGGUGCUGAGCACCCACAACUCCCACAGACUAAAGCACCUCUGAAAAUUAGCACCAAAACAUUAAUCUUCCUUUCUGAGUUUCAAUGUUAGCAUUUGAGAUACAAAGCAUAUUGACCCACUUUCAAGCACAGCAGGUUUAGAGUUGCUUUUAUUAGCAACUGCAAAGUUAUCGUGGAGCUUUCUCUUUUACAAAGUCAUUUGGAAAAAAACAUCAUGUACACCUAGUACUUACCUUUGGGGAAGGAAAAACAACUAAUGUAAAAACAAAUCAUUCUUUUCAUUCUUUUAACAGCUGAGAUUUUUCUCAAUGUGUACAGUUCUCAGAAAGAGUUGGUUGCCAAAAAUGUUUAACUUGGUAAUUCAGCCAUUCCUCAAGUGUAGAUGGGUGACUGUUGCAACAGCCCCUGAGGUUGCUGGAUCAUUUCUUUAUAACUAGGGUGCAGGUUACCCCCAGGGGGUACAGAGUGGGCAGGAAUGGCUGCGUUAUCAUGUCAGCACUGUAGUUCUGUGAGCAUAGUAGCAUAAUAAAUGCUGCAUGGUUUGAGUCAUAGUCACAGAUAAACCUCGUGCUUCACAGUCCUCUGUGUGGAAAAUUGAACUCUGAGUUAUAGAUUGUAGACUACUGUAUAACACAACAAAGAUCACUUGGACGGCCCCUCCAAUGGUUUCCAGUUCAGUUUGCAGUCAAUAGGUUUUUUGUAUUAAGAGUGUCUCCUUGAUUGGUUUUGCUAGUAAUUCUGUAAAUUGUACAUUUACAAUAUGAGGUUUUUUUUUUCCUUUUUGUACAAUUUAAAACUGAUGCUUCACCUUUCCUUUAAUAAACUAUUCAAAGUCA